AUGUGGGUCUCAUUAGUUGGUACUGCAAGUUCCGAGCAACUCAAGGACUAUGUCAAAUGCUCUAAGAAAGCAAAGAAAGUACUUCCAUCAGUUGUAAACAAAGAAGUAGCUGAAUUUGAAGAAAGCACUGACAAUGCAGUUAGAAGUGUAAAGGUUUUGUAUUGUAAAGGAUUAAUUAGUAAAGAAAAAUACAAAUCUGUGAGGCAAAGCCUGUACAUGAAAUCUGAUGGAAAUAGUGCUCGUAGAAGCUGUAUUAAGGUAUCAGGAGUGAAAGUACCCAAAAUUCUUACUUACGAAAAGGUUAUUUCUUUU